GUCUCCCGCUGCCAUCCCGGCCGCUGCACACCGCGGCGCCGCGUCUCGCGCGGGCCGGCGGCGGCGGCGGCGGCGGCUCCUCGAAGCGGCGGAAGCGCAAGAAGGGCGAGGGCCCGGACCCGCGGAUCGUGAACCUGAAGUCGUCGAUGCCGCGGGCGGUGCCGGCGCCGCUGCGGUUCGCGCGCAACCGCGCGCUGCGCCACUGGACCAUCCACCGCGCCUGGCAGCUGUUCCAGCGCAACGAGCGCGUGCGCCAGGAGUACGAGCUGCAGCGUCUGCACCAGUCGAUGCGCCGGGCGUGCGAGGAGCUGCGGACGACGAGCGGGCCCGGGACCCGCAACGAGGGCCACCUGUUCCAGCUGGCCAUGGACAAGGCUGGCGUGUACAGCCUCUCCAGCGUGCCGAUCGAGUACGCGCGGCCCCAGACCGAGACCCCCGCCCGCCAGCCGUGGAACCACGAGUGGAAGCGGUAGGCCGGAGGAGAGGAGAGGAAAAGGAGUAGGAAGAGCGCCGAAAGUCUCUGCCCGCCAGGCGAGGGUGUAUAUAGUAUAGGACCGCCUCCCCGCGCCGACGCCGCGAGGGCCCGAAGGGGUUGGCGCCGGGGUCGGACGUGUAUUACUAUCGCUACUAUUAUUGCUACGGCCUGAGCGGGUUCCGCAUGAAUACUACGCGUUUCGUCUCGCGCGCCCUCGGCGUCUACUGUGUUUUAUAUGUAGCUGUGGCGCCUCGCGGCGUCGGGAAAGGGAGGGUCGGGUGUGCUUGGGUUGCUGGGAUAUCCCGAUCUGCACAUGGCGAGGAGGUAGGUAGUAAGUAGCUAGGCAAGCGUAGUAAGCCGAUGCUUCAAAUUCACCCAAAGAA